UCUCAGGUGUGCGCCAGGAAGACAUGACACUGAGAGGGGUGCUGUUUGCUGUGGCCUGUGUGCUGUCAGCGGUGGGAUGGAGCGUUGGUGUGCCCAUGAAGGCGGUGGUGGAGGAGGCGCAGGAACAAAACACGACGGAGCCACACCCGAAGAUAACAUACAGCAAGGAGACUAUUACGAAGGUGGACGAGAGGGUGAAGCUGGACUGUGCGGUGGAAGGAGUGGAUCUAAGUGGAGUUAAUGAUUUUAGUGUGUCAUGGAGUAAGAUUGACACGGAGAACCCUAUCAAUUCAAUGCCUAUCUCUAAUGGUGAGAGAAUCUUGCUCUUCUCUAAUAAGUAUGAGCUGGAUCAUCCCAAGGACACUCAUCGGUUCUCUCUCGUGAUCAAGACGAUGAAGGAGGAGGACGCAGGACUGUACCGCUGCACCGUCGACUUCGGAGACAGCCAGAGGAUCAACGCCGAUGUCCCAGUGUCCCUUCAGUCCGCCCCGUACUUCACUGACAACAUCACCAAGACCUUGACAGUAACAGAAGGGGACUCGAUCAGCAUUGACUGCCAGCCUGGAGGUUCCCCAAAGCCCGAGGUGUACUGGGAGAGGCUGAACGAUGAGCUGCCUUUCUUUGGGGGGAAGAUUUUCAAAUCCAACCAGCUAGACCUCCCCCUCGUGCACAAGGACCACCGUGGCCUGUAUGUGUGCCACGCUGAGAACGGCAUUGGGGAGACAGCCACCUCACGCAUCGAGCUGGAAGUACAGUUUGCUCCAGAUAUCACUGUGCCGGCCAGCAGGGUGUUCACAAUCACUAACGAGGAGGUGAAGCUGGAGUGCACAGUGUUCUCCUUCCCCUCUUCUGAUGUGUCGUGGUACAAGGAUGACGAGCCGAUCCUGGGAGCAGCCAACACCAGGAUUUUGACUACCGAUUUGAAGGAAGAUUUUGGUGUGCUGUCGACCCUUACCGUGGUGUCCGUGACCUCAGAAGACCUCGGGCAGUACUCGUGUCGCGCUGAGAAUGCUAUGGGCAAGGAGGAGAAGUCUAUACAGCUGACCAUCAAGUCCCCGCCAAUGAUAGUGAAGCAGUCCCGCAAGGAGGUGCUAUAUGAUCUGGAGGAGGCCAAGUCGAGGUCCGCCCUGCCUGUGGUCCUGGAGUGCGAGGCAGAUGGGGCGCCGUCACCAAACUACCGGUGGACCAGGAACGGGGAGGCGCUGGCGUGGCAGGCUGACCCGAGGCUGUCUCUGGAGGAAGACACUGGUAGCCUCUUGAUCUCGCAGCCCAGCAUAGAGGACAAUGGAAUGUACCAGUGCUUUGCCUACAACGACCUGGGCACAGCAGCAUCUGACCCUAUCUAUCUUCUAAACGUUAGCAGUAUUUAUUUCUCCAACGAUGAUGAACCGAGCGAUACGUACAACUUGGUGGCUGAGCUUGGCCGGCCCUACAAGCUGUCCUGCCCUAAGGCCUUCGCGUACCCUGAACCAGCGCUGACGUGGGUGCGCGCCAUCAACCACCCAGAGAACAUCGAGCUGGAGUUUGUGAAGGAUGAGAGGAUAGUAACAGACCCCAAUGGCGAUCUGUGGUUCACGCACGUCACGCAAGAGGAUGACACGGAAAAACAAGGGUAUGAGUUUAUGUGCCUUGCCAACACCCCCUUCCGCCCCUACGACUACUCCAUCGCCUCCAUCGUGCACAUCAAGGUGAAGGACCCCGAGGACGGCACACACAACCUGAAGGAGGAUAUGAUCAAUGUGGAGAGCUCAAUGUUCACGUCUGGGGAGGAGGUUGUCUUCAAAGCGGGGGAGGAGAAUACUCUUUGGUGCAUUUAUGGGGGAGAGCCAGUUCCAGAGAUCAUGUGGCAGCGUGUGGACGGUGUGGAUAUCCUGCCCAACACCAGGAUCACCACCAAGAACCAUGGAAGAACAUUAGUAUUUGCUGACACCCAGCUGGAGGACGCGGGUGAGUACGCUUGCACAGUGAACAACGGCGUAGGGAUGGAGAAGAACUCAGUGAUGCGUGUGAAGGUCGAGCAGGCGCCGGUGUUGCGUGAGCCCAUCGCCUCCCAGACAGUGCACGAGGGAGCCACUGUCACCUUCACCUGCGAUACCAAUGCGACCACCGAGGUUGUCUACACUUGGAUGCUGAAUGGACGCCGGCUGUCUCCCAGGGACCGUCACCUCCGCCGCACGAUCGAGGGUCCGCGUCUGGUCAUCGUCGGGGUGUCCGCUACUGAUGUCGGGAACUACGCUUGCAACGCCUCCUCUCCGCUGGGCUACGCUUACGGCCAGGCUGUGCUCAACGUGCUUCCCCUGGAGAGGCAGAGCGGCGGGGGUCAGUCUUGCUCCCAGCUGGCAGACCUUCGGGUGGAGGUGUCACUGCUGCGCGAGGCGGUGAUGGAACUUCGAUCAGUGGUGCUUGGCCAGCAGGACGUCACCCAGCACACCUUGGAGGCCGUGGCUGCUCUCAACAAGGAGCUGACGGUGUCCCGGGCCACCACACAGCACCAGGAGGCACAGGAGACUGACAAGGGGACACAACAGGAGCAGCAGGAGGAGGAGGAGGAGGUGUCCACCACCACCACCGAGGCACCAGCAGCCUGAGCCGGCCCGCCACGGCCGCCUCGCCGGAGUCAGAAAGGUUGGACGCGCUGUACAGCCUGUAGUAGCCUGUAGCAGCUGCCAUUCCUUCCCUCCUGCGUGUGUGUGGAUGUGGUGUCCCCUAAUCUCUUCCCCGGCGGUACAUGAGUGCUGGGUCAGUGGGUCACUUGGUGGCCGCCGUGAGUACAUGUUGCAGUAAUGAGUAGACUAGUGUUUCUCAGCAUUAGUGGUGUGUGGUUGUUCCUUCUCACUCACGCUGCCUUGGUAUUGUUGUGAGGACUGAUGCGGCGGUACAGACGGUGCCACCACGCAACACUCUCUGGUCGCACCAACACUAACCAAACGUACACACUGUGCAAGCAACAGGAAGUAAUGUCAAAGUUCAAAGUAUUGAAUUGGUGCAUCUUGUUUAGGGAGAAGGAAGGUGGUACCGUGGUGGGCCGCGGGCGCCGGGCGGUGUGGCGUCACCGCAAGUGGUGCGCCGCGCCGCCUCGCCUCACAUUUAUUUGAAUAUUUGAGUUUAAAUUAUGUUUGGAUUUUUUUUCACUUUUAGUUUGCAGUGUGUACGUGUGUACGUCCAAACCUGCUCAUGUGUUGGCAUUAACUAAGGCGUUCGUACGUCUGUAUAAUGUGUGUGUGUGUGUGUGUGUGUUUGUGCGUGCGCACUCUCAUUGUAGACGCACACACACACACACACACACACACACACACACACACACACACACACACACAGACAGACCAGUGACAUUUCACCCACACACAGCAUCCCUGGCGGCAUUGUAUGAUACACACACACGCUGAUCAUUCCCACGGUGGCAAUACAGCAGUAACCGAGGCUAUCAUUGCACCAACUCUCAUUCCAGUGUGACCGUUCAUUCCAGCAGCGGAAAUCCUUGUAGACUCACAUACUGUAGGCUUGCUCCUCUGCCCUUGUCACCUCACGAUCACGAUGGACUGGUCAUGAGCUAUCCACUCUGACCAUUGCUGAGGCCAGUGUUGUUAGCCGAGUGUCCUCCUUGGCUGACACUUGUGGCUUCACCUUGUCCAAUUAUCCACCUGCAAGUGUGACGUGAUAUGUAUUUCUCUCCCAGUCCAGUCAGUCUUUCCUCACUUCACCUUUCAUUCCUCCCCAGUGUUCUUAUGAAGCAGGAAUGUUUGGGUCUUUGUUUUCACUGGGUUACUGAGACUACAUUCCUUCCAGUGUGGUAUUGUUACCCUAAACAUUCCUGCUCCGUGUAAGGUUGCUGGCGUAGUGGAAAGACACACACCAACACACACACAAACACACUUUCCAAUCAAACACUCCACGUAGAUGUAAGGAUGCUGGCGUAGAAGUUGAAUGCAUGCACGUUACGUCAGUGUGUCUCUUAAAUAGGACAUAAGAGCCGCCGUGUAUUGGCAUGUAUUUCCUUCCGUGGUUGUCGCUGUCCUGUGUAGAGUUGAUAUGUACAUGUACUCAUCACAUACUGUAAGCACGAAUGGCACACGUAUUGUUACUUUACUUGUUUGUGGUUUGAAGUCGUACGCGAGUGCCAGUACUGUAGUGUGUAUUGUUGUUAUCGUUGUUAUUAUUAUUACUACUACUGAGGUUUAUCUUAGGGCAUUGAGUGCAAUAAUAUGAUAUUUGAUGACUGAGGAUUAAAAUAUAACCAUAAAAUGUCA